CUAGCAGAACUUAUUAAAGAAAUGGAACCAAAGUAUGUUAAAAUGACUUGACCUAAAGUCAGUUGUAUACUGUUGGGUUUAAAAUGCUCACGUGUUCUUCUUUUUCACAGCCAGAGUUUUUGUACAUGAAUGGGCUCAUCUUCGGUGGGGGGUGUUUGAUGAAUAUAAUAAUGAUGCACCAUUCUAUGUAUCUGAAGACUCUGGGGAAGCAAAGGUUGAAGGAACAAGCAUAAUCGGAUUACACGGCUCCAUCAGGCUGCAGAGACAUUCCUGCUGCAGAUUAUUGAAAUCAGUUCCUGGGCUGGAAUUGUCACUUUCUCAUCUUCAGCAACAGUUCAAACUAACCUACAACAAAUAGUCAGUGAAAAUGUGCGCCAGAACCUUAUCAAAUACCUGCCUACAAGAGCUGAUGGAGGAACUAACAUCUGUGCAGGCGUACAGCAAGGAUUUCAGGUGAAGAAUGUUGGGGGGCUUUACCUGGGAAUACAGUAACAGAAUUAGAGAUAUUGGUGGAUAGGCAAUGGACCAAGAGAAAUAAGAAUGAUUCAGAACUUGGAAAAUCAUGACAAGUUAUGAAAAUCAUGACAUGGAAAAUCAUGACUUGGAAAAUCAUGACAUGACUUAAGAAGCCCAGUGCAUGUAGUUUAGCAAAGACAAAGUUAAAAAAUGCCUCUUUAAUAACAUACAUGGGGAAGAAAAGGAUGAUUUCUCUCUAAUCUAACCAACAAAGGUAUGAAUAGUUCCACUGACUGGAAACAGAAGCCACACAGAUUCAGACCGGAAGUACAGUACCAGUGAUGAGAAACAUGACGGGAGCACUAUGAAAACUUAAUUGUGUGGCACAUUCUCUGUCACUCAGAGGAUAUCUGCAAGGCACAAUGCACUCCAUUAAUCCAGGCACCCUGUUCAUCUUGGUCCUCAUCCUAGGACUUUUAGAGCUAACAUAGUUAACCUUAUGUAUCACAGGGUGGCGCUAUGUAGACAUAUAGUAGUUUCAAAAUCCUAAAAUCAAGCCUGGACAGCUUUCUAAACGUUAUACAAUAGCUAAAAACAAAAAUUAUGGAUUUGAUUUGAGUUACUGAAUGAGCUUCUGUGGCCUGACUAUGAAAGACGUUAGCCAAAAUGAUUUUAAUGGUCUGUUCUGGCUUUAACUUUCUAUGAAGUAUGUCAGUUACUUUUAACAUCUUGUCAGUUUAUCAGCAGAUGAUAUUUUUCAAACAUUAUAUCUUAGUUCUGUCCUUUCAAAGCAUGCCAACAUUGGAAAAGGGUUGUUUCCUAUAUUGGCUUUAGUAUUUGAGGAAACUGACAGUGAAAAGAUUCAGUGACAUAUCCCUGCCAUUGAUUCAGGGACUCUGCUACUAUUGUAGACAACAGAUUAUUUGCCAUGAAUGUUCAGAAGAGCAGAAAUUAGCCAGGCUCUGCUAUAUUUAUAUUAAAAAUGUGUUGAGUAAAUCCGGUAAGAUUGCUUUGUAGAGAAUCAAGACACCUUCCAGAAAUGAAAAUCAUGGAAAUAUGAGGUUUGAAACUCAAAAUUUAAUCUUUUAGUGUUGGCAUAAGUCAAAUUCUAUUCUGAAAAUCAGUUUUGUGGAAAUGGGGGAUAGAUAUGCCAUGUUUUCUGUGUAAAUUCAGAGUCAUAUUUUAUGACCUUGGUAAGAGAGAAAAUAUUUAACUAUGUUUGACUCCAGCUACUGGAGAGAGAACUGGAUUCAGCCCUACUCAGCCUGGCUUGUGCAUCUUCAUGACAAUGUUAGCUGAGUCCCAGUUACAAGAGUUAAUUCUGAUUUGAGUUAUACCGCAUAAGCCUACUGAGGAGAAGUGGAUUGCAGAGGUGUAACUGAAGACAACAUUAGAUUGCAAAUACACUUCUUGCUUGAGCUGACAGACAAAUAAAAAAUGACUAUAAUUUGACUUUCAGAUUUUAGUGUCAGUACUGGAGAAUGAGAGAGAAAAAACAGACUCAAUUAUGCUUCAAACAGUUAACAGCUAUUGCCUUAAAUUGGAAUAGGACUUGGUUCGCCAUAUUUUUCUUGUAAAUGUGAUCUGCAAUUAUUGAGUCAUAACAAGCAGGCAAGGCUCAACAUGUGGGCGGGAGGGUCAGUGGAAUAAUCCAUCAUUAUCACAGUUCCAGGAAAACGCCUCAGGAAAUUAACAUUUAAGCCAACACAUUCAAUAACAACUCCUUAUCAUACAUACCAGGUCAAAUUCUGGUCUUAACACGUGUUGGUUUUUUGUGGCCAAAAUGAUGGUAUAAAUAGCCCCACAGUUCCAUAAGUUUUCGAACCAACAAACGUGGAGAGAGAGACAAACAGUGAUGGUGUUUAAGAGUAUGAUUCUCUUAGUGUCAUUUCAACUGCUGCUCGUGGUGAGAGGUUCUAUGGUACAGCUGAAAAACGGUGGCUAUGAGGACAUUGUUAUUGCAAUUGACCCGCAUUUACCAGAAGAUGACAAGAUCAUUGAAAACAUACAGAUCUGUAUAAAUUUGUGGGUGAAAUGCUCUGGAAGGCUCUCUACCAAUUCACAAAAGUUAUGGAAGGGUGCCUCAAGCCCAAAAAGGUUGAAAACCACUGACAUGGAUACACAGCACAAGGAGCAAGCCAUGAUUAAAGAAGCGUCUGCUUACUUAUUUCAAGCCACAGAACAAAGAUUUUUUUUCAAAGUUCUAAAAAUUAUAAUUCCUCAAACAUGGCAGCAAAAACCUGACUAUUCAAGACUGAAAACAGAGUCAUAUGAUAAGGCAGAUGUCAUAGUGGCUGAUCCUUACUUGAAGUAUGGAGAUGAUCCGUACACUCUGCAAUAUGGAGGAUGUGGAGAAAUGGGACGAUACAUUCAUUUCACACCUAACUUUCUGUCAAAUGAUAAUUUGCUGAAUAUCUAUGGAUCACGCGCCAGAGUUUUUGUACAUGAAUGGGCUCAUCUUCGGUGGGGGGUGUUUGAUGAAUAUAAUAAUGAUGCACCAUUCUAUGUAUCUGAAGACUCUGGGGAAGCAAAGGUUGAAGGAACAAGGUGUUCAGCUAGUGUUGCUGGUCAAUAUAUAUACCAUAAUUGCCAUGGAAACAGAUGCACAACUAGGCAAUGCAACUACGAUCAAGUGACCAACCAGUUUGAACCUGGGUGUCUUUUUGUGCCAGAAAAACAACAAGCUGCCUCAGCAUCUAUAAUGUACAUGCAAAGCUUACCUUCUGUGGUUAAAUUCUGCAAUAAACACAGUCAUAAUGAAAAAGCUCCAAAUAUGCAGAACAAAAUGUGUAACUACAAAAGCACAUGGGAAGUAAUUAUGAACUCUACUGACUUCAGCAACACCUUGCCAAUAGACAGCUCUCAUCCUCCAUCUGAGCCCUCUUUUGUACUGUUACAGGCCAGGGACAGAGUAGUCUGUCUAGUGCUGGAUGUUUCUGGGAGUAUGGGUGCUCAUAAUCGGAUUACACGGCUCCAUCAGGCUGCAGAGACAUUCCUGCUGCAGAUUAUUGAAAUCAGUUCCUGGGCUGGAAUUGUCACUUUCUCAUCUUCAGCAACAGUUCAAACUAACCUACAACAAAUAGUCAGUGAAAAUGUGCGCCAGAACCUUAUCAAAUACCUGCCUACAAGAGCUGAUGGAGGAACUAACAUCUGUGCAGGCGUACAGCAAGGAUUUCAGGUGAUUAAGACAAAGUUCUCAAAUACAGAUGGGUCUGAAAUUGUGCUACUGACAGAUGGAGAAGACACUAGUAUGAGCAAUUGCCUUGAGGAGGUGAGAAGGAGUGGAUCAAUCGUUCACACCAUUGCUUUAGGGCCACAGGCAGCCCCGGAACUAGAACAAUUUUCGAAAAUGACAGGAGGUUUGCAGUAUUCUGCUACAGACGCCCUGGAAUCCAGUAGUCUAAUUGAUGCAUUCAGUGGGAUUUCAUCAGGAACUGGAAAUAUUUCUCAACAAUCUAUUCAGCUUGAAAGCCAAGCUCUCCAAGUUGCAGUUAGUCAGUGGAUGAAUGGGUCAGUGACUGUUGACAGCACUGUAGGAAAUGAUACCUUCUUCGUAGUUACGUGCAGUGGGUCUUUACCAAGCAUUUUCCUCAAGGACCCUAAAGGAAAACAGUAUAAAAAUAUUAACUUUACCACUAGUACUGCAAACCCCAAAACAGCUCGACUCACUAUAGCAGACACCGCAGAGUGGGGAGACUGGCAUUAUCAGAUUCAAAAUACAAAUACAGCCCCUCAAGUUAUAACACUGACAGUAACCUCUCGAGCGGCAUCCUUGGAUGUGCCUCCAGUAACUGUGAGAGCUCACAUGAAUAAGGAUACAAACCGUUUCCCUAGUCCAAUGGUUAUUUAUGCAGAAGUUAGCCAAGGGUCUUCUCCUGUUCUUGGUGCAACUGUGAUAGCCACUGUUGAAACUCAGGCUGGAACUGCAGUAGAUUUGGAACUUCUUGACAAUGGCUCAGGUGCUGAUGUUGCCAAGAAUGAUGGAAUCUAUUCCAGGUUCUUCACAUCUUCACAGGCAAAUGGUAGAUACAACUUGAAAGUUCGUGUCCAUGGAAAAGAUAAAACUGUCAGAUUGGGCACGAGACAAAGUCGAGCCUUGUAUGUGCCAGGCUACAUAGAGAACGGUACAAUCCAAAUGAAUGCACCAAGACCUGAAGUUAAUAAUGAGGAAAUUCAAGCAAAACUAGGAAGCUUCAGCAGAACAGCAUCAGGAGGUUCUAUUGUAGUGAGUGGAGUGGAAGGAGGAUAUGCUGAUAUAUUUCCACCCUGUAAAAUUAUGGAUCUGGAGGCUCAUAUAGAAGAUGAAAGCAUUCACUUAUCAUGGACAGCUCCAGGGGGAGACCUUGACAUGGGACAAGCUAAGCAGUACAUAAUAAAAAUGAGUGAAAGUUUCCUGGACCUAAGGAAGGCCUUUGAGAGUGCUACUUCUGUGAACACCUCUAGUUUGAUACCUCGGCCUGCCGGCACCAAAGAAUCAUUUCAAUUUAAACCAGAAAAUAUGACAGUAGAAAAUGGUACCAUAAUCUAUAUUGCAAUCCGUGCCAUAGAUAAUGCCUCCCUGACCUCAGAACCAUCUAAUAUAGCACAAGCUGCCUUGUUUUUACCUCCAAGGCAAUCCUUGCCUAAUCCUUUUCCGAAUAACAAUAACCCUAAUAAUGGUGUUAAUAAUAUAAGAAUGCCUCUCAUAGCAACUGGGUCUGUAGUAGUUCUGUCUAUGAUUAUAGGUGCAACCACACAUUUUGCAUAAGAAAAAUGGAAGGAGAGGCAUGGAAUAGCAAUGGAAGCCAUGAGCAAUGGAAGCCAUGAGCGCAUAAUAUAACUGUAAAAUGAAAGCUGAGAAGAAAUGUAUCCUUAGAGGUUCUAGUUAUAAUUUUCAAAAUACAUAAAAGACACAUAUAUUUGUAAUAUAUUGAUGAAUUAGUUGCAUUGACUUUAAAACAGAUACCCAUUCAUGUGCCUUUCUUGUCUAGUUAGUUGUAGCCUUGCAAUAUGUCUCAGAUUCAAAGACAAUACAUAGAUUACAUACUAAAUAUCAAAUCGUGUUCACUCAGUAAUUCAUAUCAGCCAACUAAGAAUAGUCUAGGCUUUUUAACUCUUACAUUGUUAGAUUUCUGCUACAUUAUGCCUUCUGAAGCAUAAUGUUUUUCUAAGGGCAUGUACAGGUGUUAUAUUUCUAGUGGGAGAAAUGCUGUUUUUCCUCAAGAAACUGGGAGCACACAGGCAUUCAUGCAGUUUCCUCCACAGGAAACAUCCUCUUUCAACCAGGAAGAACUCUCCUGUGCAAGAAUUUAACAUGCAGUAAUAAAUGCCUGUUUGCUUUUUCACUGGGGACUGGAAAGAGCUGUGCAACAUAUGUACAAUAAUAUAGACAUUAACGGUUUUACAGAUACAGCAGAUGCUCUAUUUUUAUUUUAAUAUACCUUGUGUGGUGCAUUGUGAUGCUGUUCUUUACCUCUUUUGGUAAUGGUGAAUGCAAGAGCAGGAGACUAAUAACAUAUCUAAGUAAUAUCCAGAAGUAUGAUAUUUUUUACUUGUUUACAGUUCCUCCCAAGGCUGAAUGCUUGUAGGCUCAAGACUAAUACAUAAAGACUAUACAACAUUCUAAUAUGAUAAAAUC